CAUCGAUGUUCCCUAGGAUCGCUAGUCUGGUCUGCUGAGCAGCGUCUUGAGCUACAAAAUCGUGUGGCGCGCGCCGGGAAGGAAGGCACAGCGAAGUGUGUUGGUUUUCUGGUGCUUUCAUCUGUGUUGGACCAUGGGCAGGCGCUCCUCAGACAGUGAGGAGGGGCGGGGGGGCGGCGGUCGGAAGAAGAAGAAGCACCACCGUCGCACCUCCUCCUCCAGCUCCCCCAGCAGCCGCGAGGCCAGCCGCAGCAAGAAGACGUCCAAGAAGACGUCUAAAUCCCGCUCACGAGACCGAGACCGGGACCGCCACCGGGACCGGGAGAGAGACAGGGACAGAGAGCGGGAACGCCACCGAGACAGAGACAGAGACAGAGACAGAGACGAGACAGAGACAGAGACAAGCGACGGGGGCGUCGCUCCACCAGUAGCUCCUCCUCCGAGUCCACCCGCAAGAGGCGGAGCCACAGCACUGACCGGGCCAGAGGCCACCGAUCCCGCAGGUCCUCCUCACGCAGCCGCAACAAGAGGUCUCGGUCACGCCAUCGGAAGUCCCGGAGUCAGAGCAGCAGUCGCAGACGCAGCCGCUCCCGCAGUGGGAGUCGCAGUAAAGACCGCGGCAGCCGACGGAAGGGCAGAGAGGGGGACAGGAGCCGAGACAAAGAACGAGAGAAGGAGAGAGAACGAGAGAAGGAGAAGAAGGAGAAGAAGGAGAGAGAAAAACAAGAGGAGGCCGCCAGCAUCAAGGCAGCAAUAGAACAUCUGACUCCUGCUGAACAGGCCAAAGCUCGACUCCAGUUGGUUCUCCAGGCUGCAGGUAAGGCAUCA